CUGUCUCUCUUCCUCCUCUCCUCCAUUCGUCGUUUUAUGUUUCCCACUCUUUGAGGAAGGAUGGUUGAUUUGGAGAGCGAAGUGCCCCCUCUGCCUCCCAGGUACAGGUUUCGGGAUUUGCUGCUAGGGGACCAAGGAUGGCAAAACGACGACAGGGUACAAGUUGAAUUCUAUAUGAAUGAAAACACAUUUAAAGAGAGACUAAAAUUAUUUUUUAUCAAAAACCAGAGAUCAAGUCUAAGAAUUCGUCUAUUCAAUUUUUCUCUCAAAUUAUUAAGCUGCUUAUUAUACAUAAUCCGAGUGCUACUAGAAAACCCUUCACAAGGAAAUGAAUGGUCUCAUAUCUUUUGGGUGAACAGAAGUCUACCGUUAUGGGGCUUACAGGUUUCAGUGGCAUUGAUAAGUUUAUUUGAAACAAUACUACUUGGUUAUCUCAGUUAUAAGGGAAACAUCUGGGAACAGAUUUUACGAAUACCCUUCAUCUUGGAAAUAAUUAAUGCGGUUCCCUUCAUUAUCUCAAUCUUUUGGCCUUCCUUAAGGAAUCUAUUUGUCCCUGUCUUUCUAAACUGUUGGCUUGCCAAACAUGCCUUGGAAAAUAUGAUUAAUGAUCUGCACAGAGCCAUUCAGCGUACACAAUCCGCAAUGUUUAAUCAAGUUUUGAUUUUAAUAUCUACAUUACUAUGCCUUAUCUUCACCUGCAUUUGUGGAAUCCAACAUCUGGAACGAAUAGGGAAGAAGCUGAAUCUCUUUGACUCCCUUUACUUCUGCAUUGUGACAUUUUCCACUGUGGGCUUUGGGGAUGUCACCCCUGAAACAUGGUCCUCCAAGCUUUUUGUCGUUGCCAUGAUUUGUGUUGCUCUUGUGGUUCUACCCAUACAGUUUGAACAGCUGGCCUAUUUGUGGAUGGAAAGACAAAAGUCAGGUGGAAACUAUAGUCGACAUAGAGCUCAAACUGAGAAGCAUGUUGUUCUGUGUGUCAGUUCACUGAAGAUUGAUUUACUUAUGGACUUUUUAAAUGAAUUCUAUGCUCACCCAAGACUUCAGGAUUAUUAUGUGGUGAUUUUGUGUCCUACUGAAAUGGAUGUGCAAGUUCGAAGGGUACUGCAGAUUCCAAUGUGGUCACAAAGAGUUAUCUACCUUCAAGGCUCAGCCCUUAAAGAUCAGGAUCUGUUGAGAGCAAAGAUGGAUGAUGCUGAGGCCUGUUUUAUUCUGAGCAGCCGUUGUGAAGUGGAUAGGACAUCAUCUGACCACCAAACAAUUUUGAGAGCAUGGGCUGUAAAAGAUUUUGCUCCAAAUUGCCCUUUGUAUGUCCAGAUAUUAAAGCCUGAAAAUAAAUUCCAUAUCAAAUUUGCUGAUCAUGUUGUUUGUGAAGAAGAGUUUAAAUACGCCAUGUUAGCUUUAAACUGUAUAUGCCCGGCAACAUCUACACUUAUUACACUACUGGUUCAUACCUCUAGAGGGCAAGAAGGCCAGCAAUCGCCAGAACAGUGGCAGAAGAUGUACGGUAGAUGCUCUGGCAAUGAAGUUUACCACAUUGUUUUGGAAGAAAGUACAUUUUUUGCUGAGUACGAAGGAAAGAGUUUUACAUAUGCCUCUUUUCAUGCACACAAAAAGUUUGGCGUCUGCUUGAUUGGUGUUCGGAGGGAAGAUAAUAAAAACAUUUUGCUGAAUCCAGGUCCUCGAUAUAUUAUGAAUGCUACAGAUAUAUGUUUUUAUAUUAAUAUUACCAAAGAAGAGAAUUCAGCAUUUAAAAACCAAGACCAGCAGAAAAGAAGCAAUGUACCAAGGUCAUUUUAUCAUGGACCUUCUCGAUUACCUGUACAUAGCAUAAUUGCCAGCAUGGGUACUGUGGCUAUAGACUUGCAAGACACAAGCUGUAGAUCAACAAGUGGCCCCACCCUGUCUCUUCCUACGGAGGGAAGCAAAGAAAUCAGAAGACCUAGCAUUGCUCCCGUUUUAGAGGUUGCAGAUACAUCAUCAAUUCAAACAUGUGAUCUUCUAAGUGAUCAAUCAGAAGAUGAAACUACACCAGAUGAAGAAAUGUCCUCAAACUUAGAAUAUGCUAAAGGCUACCCACCUUACUCUCCAUAUAUAGGAAGUUCACCCACUUUUUGUCAUCUCCUUCAUGAAAAAGUGCCAUUUUGCUGCUUAAGACUAGACAAGAGUUGCCAGCAUAACUACUAUGAGGACGCAAAAGCCUAUGGAUUCAAAAAUAAGCUAAUUAUAGUUGCAGCUGAAACAGCUGGAAAUGGAUUGUAUAAUUUUAUUGUUCCUCUCAGGGCAUAUUAUAGACCAAAGAAAGAACUUAAUCCCAUAGUACUGCUAUUGGACAACCCGCCAGAUAUGCAUUUUCUGGAUGCAAUCUGUUGGUUUCCAAUGGUUUACUACAUGGUGGGCUCUAUUGACAACCUAGAUGAUUUACUCAGGUGUGGAGUGACUUUUGCUGCCAACAUGGUGGUUGUGGACAAAGAGAGUACCAUGAGUGCGGAGGAAGACUACAUGGCAGACGCCAAAACGAUUGUAAAUGUGCAGACCCUUUUCAGGUUGUUUUCCAGUCUCAGUAUUAUCACAGAACUUACUCACCCAGCCAACAUGAGAUUCAUGCAAUUCAGAGCCAAAGACUGUUACUCUCUUGCUCUUUCAAAACUGGAAAAGAAAGAACGAGAGAAAGGUUCUAAUUUGGCCUUUAUGUUUCGACUGCCUUUUGCUGCUGGGAGGGUGUUUAGCAUCAGUAUGUUGGACACUCUUCUCUAUCAGUCAUUUGUAAAGGAUUAUAUGAUUUCUAUCACCAGACUUCUGUUGGGAUUGGACACUACUCCGGGAUCAGGGUUUCUUUGUUCUAUGAAAAUCACUGAGGAUGACCUGUGGAUCCGAACUUAUGCCAGACUUUACCAGAAGCUGUGCUCCUCUACCGGAGACGUUCCCAUUGGAAUCUACAGGACUGAAUCUCAGAAACUUGCUACAUCUGAGUCUCAGAUAUCCAUCAGCGUAGAAGAGUGGGAAGACACCAAAGACUCCAAAGAACAAAGUCAUCACCGAAGCAACCACCGCAACUCAACAUCCAGUGACCAGUCAGACCAUCCCUUACUGCGGAGAAAGAGCAUGCAGUGGGCCCGAAGACUGAGCAGAAAAGGUCCAAAACACUCUGGUAAAACAGCUGAGAAAAUAACCCAGCAGCGACUGAACCUCUACAGGAGGUCAGAAAGACAAGAGCUUGCUGAACUUGUGAAAAAUAGAAUGAAACACUUGGGUCUUUCUACAGUGGGAUAUGAUGAAAUGAAUGAUCAUCAAAGUACCCUCUCCUACAUCCUGAUUAACCCAUCUCCAGAUACCAGACUAGAGCUGAACGAUGUUGUAUACUUAAUCCGACCAGAUCCGCUGGCAUACCUUCCAAACAGUGAGCCCAGUCGAAAAAACAGCAUCUGCAAUGCCAUGGGUCAAGACUCUCGGGAGGAAACUCAGCUUUGAUAAAAGGAAAAUAAGAGACCCUUUUUCCCUACAAAAAUCUUGCUUGAAACCACUCUAAAUCUUAGGGGAAGAAUGAGUGGUGCUGGCAUGAAAGAAUACACGAUCUCGUAUUAAAAGCAAUCUAUUCUCUUAGAAGUCUAGAUUAUUUUGAAAUUUAAAGUAUUGCUUAUCGGUACUCCUCCUAUUAAUAUCUGAAAGACAUCAAUGGAAUGAUUUUAAAAACCUAAAUUAAAACACAAAAAUUUAAAUCGGGUAUUUGUUUGACAAUGAUCCAAACUGUACGAAGCCAAUUUUUAAAAGUAUUAAGGUUUUAUGAAAGUAAACAGAAAAUCCAACUAUAUUUGGUGCAUCACAAUGGACAUAGAAGAUUGUGGUUCCUCUUAAAAAUUAAAGUCAUAUUAUAUUCUUUAAACUUGCCGUUUUAUAAAAUUGAGCUCAUCAUAAAUGUCUAGCAUCUACACAGAGAUUAACCAACAAACUUGUGUGGCUGACUUUUGUGUAAGACUCAUAGUUUGCUUCAGAGUAUAAAUCUUUAAAUCAUUUUAACCUUUUUCGUUGCCUUUUCAUAUGAUAUCAUAUUCAUUUUAGAAUUUGAGAUGUUCACAGCAUGUUUUAAAACAGUGAGGAAACCAAAACAAACAAAAAAAUAUCAAGUACCUGAACUUUUUGCUAACUUAUGUCUGACAUACAUUGUAUGCCAAGAAAAGUGUUAAGAAGCAAAUAUUUAUUAUUCUCCUAAAAGAAUGCCUACCAGAGAAAAUACUAAAAACACAUAUGUUGACUUAAAUUGAAGCCAAGAAUUAAAACAUUAACUGGUUUUCAUUAGGCUCUUGAACUUUAACAUUUUCACAAUCUAUAUAGUAUAUUUCAUUAGAAAGAGACUUUAAAAUUCAAGCAGGCAAAAUUAUACCUUUUAUGGAAUACAAGGACAUUCCAAAACAUUAAAAGUCCUCCUCUCUGCUUUGGUAUUGAAAUACACGCAAAACAAUGGUAUGUUAAAAAAUUUGAUUUAAUUUUGAAAAAUCAUCUGUAGGACAUAGGUUUUAACACUGUAAGGAAAAAACAUGUAGUGAAGAUAGGUAGUUUUUGCCAUUGAAAUUUAAUAUAAAUCAUGAAGAAUUUUACAGUUAUAAAUUAAAUAUAAAUUGAUCCUUGGUGUUAUUUUAUUGCUUUAUCCCCCUUCAGAAAUAGACUGAAAAGCACAAGAGCAGAGUUUGCCUGGUAGUUGAAAUGUGUUAAGGUAUUCCCAUGAGAGAGAUAUUAAUAAAUUUAAAAAGAUAUUUUUCCUCUAAUUUUGUAUUUUAAAAAAUUUCUGGCCUUGACAUUAAAUUUUAAUUUCACAAAAAAUUGGACAUAUAUGACUAGGAAGAGAAUUUUCUUCUUUCUUUUCACAAAGAAGCAGAUGGGUUGGAAAGUCAGUAGAAGAUUUAAAAAAAAAAAAAAUAGAUAAAGAAAGCCUAAAAUUCCCCAAAUAAUUCUCUGGAAACAAAAAUGUAAAACCUAACAUGUGAAAUUAUAGCUUGAUAGCCAUUGUAUAAUUUGGCUUAGAGAAGAUGAAAUGCAUAUUUGUUAUUGUUGUUUUUUAGUAUUUUCCAUUACUCUCAUUUUAGAAUAACAAAAACACCAAGAAUGUCCCCUAAAAUAGGGAGAGCCUAUCAUUAACUUUCUUUAAUCAGACAGGGAAGUAGAGAAUUUAUAGCAAGUUACUUAAAAUUGGAAGCAGACCUUAAAACGAAGAUUGUAUGCAUAUUCAUGCAUGUAUGCUGUGACACAUGAAAUAUAUUUGGCAAACUUAUAUAUUCAUCUGUAAAUUAUUCAAACUAAAGGCAGAAUUGAACUAAUAUAUGUAAUGGAGAACAAUAAUGAGUUUAAUUAACUUAUUUUAUAUUUGACAUCAAUAAUCAAAUGUGAUAUUUCUUUGAGUUGCCAUUUCAUUACUCCAUUAUACUUAUUUUUAGGAAUAAAUGUAAGAUUUUAUGAAUAUUCUAUUUGCCCACGAGAUCUCAAGUUUAAUAUUUUUGCAUUUUGACCAUUGUCAAGACUAGGACUCUAAGCUAGGACAUGACUAUAUUUCCUAUAAAACUAAAAGUUUUGUUUCAUAAAUUUUACAAUAAUUAUUUUUGAUUAUGAACAUUAGUCCAAAUUUAAUAAUUGACACAAUUCAUAACAGCUUGGUAUAAUAAUGAUAGUUUAUUAGUUUUUCUGUUAUUUAAAGCAUAAAAAAUGCUUCUAAAAGCCUUUUAACGAACUGUUGCCUUUUAAAAUACUUAACUUGCACACAAAAAUAAAACAUAAAGUCAGUAAUAGUCCUUGUAAUCCUAUGGGAAUCGGCUCUGUUUAUUGUCUAUGUACCAUUUUGCUACCAGUUACAUUGAAUCGCUUAAAAUAAAUAAUAAAAAUUAUUUCUGAUGGUG